AUAGGAGACUUUAGUCUGGGUCUGAGAGUGAGGUGGAAGGAGGUUUGGUAGAGGGUUAGGUAGUAGCAUAGAGGGGUAACAACUCGAACCUGCAAAACUAUCAAGAAGUAACUUUUUGGAAGUGAAUCUACUCAUCUGUGCUGUGAGUGUGUGAGGGCAUCAGGUUUUGUUGGGUCCAUCUUUCCAGCAGAAGUUUAAAUUCUCACUGUAGUCAAGACUGGAGUUGCUUUGACUUUUCAUCAUGAGGAGCCCAUAUGAAUCUGUAAUUCUGCUGCUGCUCACUGGGACUUGCUUAUGUCAAUUUCCUCGCCCAUGUGCCAACUCAGAAGGACUACGGACCAAAGAGUGUUGCCCGGUGUGGGAUGGUGACGGCUCAGCCUGCGGUGCACUGUCAGGCCGUGGUUUUUGCACUGAGGUGGAGGUCUCAAAUGAGCCCCAUGGGCCCCAGUACCCACACAGUGGGAUUGAUGACAGAGAGCGUUGGCCUUUGGCUUUCUUCAACCGGACAUGUCGCUGUGCUGGAAACUACGGAGGUUUUAACUGUGGUGAAUGCAGGUUUGGUUACUGGGGUUCAAACUGUGCCGAGUACAGGGAAUCAGUGCGCAGGAACAUCUUGACCAUGUCGGCUGCUGAACAACAGAAGUUUAUCUCUUAUCUGAACCUGGCCAAGAACACCGUCAGCCGUGACUACGUCAUCUCCACAGCGACAAGAGCAGAGAUGGGUGAAAAUGGUGAGAAUCCCAUGUUCUCUGACAUCAACACCUACGACCUGUUUGUCUGGAUGCACUACUAUGUGUCCAGGGACGCCUUCUUGGGAGGACCAGGGAAUGUAUGGAGAGACAUCGACUUUGCCCAUGAAUCUGCAGCAUUUCUGCCAUGGCAUCGGGUCUACCUACUUCACUGGGAGAACGAGAUAAGGAAGCUGACGGGAGAUUUCAACUUCACCAUCCCAUACUGGGACUGGAGGAAUGCCCAGUCCUGUGAUGUGUGCACCGAUGCUCUCAUGGGAGGACGCAGCCCCUUAAAUCCUAACCUCAUCAGCCCUGCUUCAGUCUUCGCCUCAUGGAAGGUGAUCUGCACCCAGCCAGAAGAGUACAACAGCAGAGAGGCAUUGUGUAACGCUACCGGUGAGGGUCCACUGUUGCGUAACCCUGGCAACCAUGAUCCAAACCGUGUGACGCGACUCCCUACAACAGGUGAUGUGGAUUUCGUUGUGGGCCUCACCGAGUACGAGACGCAACCCAUGGACCGAUUCUCCAACAUGAGCUUUAGAAACGCCUUAGAGGGUUUUGCCAAUCCAGAGACAGGUAUGGCAAUGGCAGGCCAGAGCACCAUGCACAACGCUUUGCACCUUUUUAUGAACGGCUCCAUGUCCUCAGUGCAGGGUUCAGCCAACGACCCCAUAUUCCUGCUGCACCAUGCUUUCAUUGACAGUAUCUUUGAGCGCUGGCUCAGGACCCACCAGCCUCUCCGGACCAGCUACCCACGUGCCAAUGCCCCCAUUGGCCACAAUGAUGGGUACUACAUGGUGCCCUUCCUGCCUCUCUAUAGAAACGGAGACUACUUCCUGUCUAACAAGGCUCUAGGAUUUGAGUAUGCCUACCUGUUGGACCCUGGCCAGAGGUUCGUUCAGGAGUUCCUGACACCCUACCUCCAGCAGGCCCAGCAGAUCUGGCAGUGGCUCCUGGGAGCCGGGAUCCUGGGGGCGCUGAUCGCCGCAAUCAUUGCUGCACUGUUAGUUGUUGCAAGGAGGAAGUGGAAGCGCAACCAGAGGAGGAAGAGGGCAUCGAGCUACGGAGAGAGGCAGCCUCUCCUGCACAGCAGCUCAGAGGAAGGCUCAUCUUCAUAUCAGACUACUCUGUAACACACACUGACCCUGUACAUACAGCUGAAUGUACAAACUAUUAGGGACAUUUUCAUGAAGCGAAGGAAUGCGAUGGGUCCUGGUCCAAAACUUGUUACUGAUGCCCCGUAAUAAAUCUAUUUAAAAUUUAAAAUAAUAUAUGAAGGUAUACAAGUUAGUGAAGUAUCUUUCAGUUCACCCAAACCACAAGAAAACACUACACUACUAAUUUUCCACUACCUAACAUAUUGCGUGUUACUGCUGAGACUUUUGCAUCCCAACCCCAAGUGAAUUUUAGUUGUGGUUGCCAUAGCAUUAAAAAAUGUAACAUGUCUUUACAGCUUGUUUACAGUUGGUCAAAGGUUUUUGAACGCUUUUAAGUUUUUGAUGCAACGAAAAACUACAUUUUAUUAUUUACUUCCAGUGUUUUGGGGAUGUAUGGUCUGAGACAAUUUAAAUGGAGAAUAUGGAUGAAGAAGCAGGAAGCCAACACCAGGAAGAUGUCCCAAAUAUUUUAGACAUUCAGUAGAUAAAUAUAUUUUUGUGUGACACAAACUGACAGGCUUUCAGAGCCAUUAAGUGUUCAUUAUAACAAUGCAACACAUCUGCAAUAAAAUGAAAAUGUAAAGAUUUAUAAACUACAGUAUUUUCAUGUGGGUAUUUAAACUGUGAUGAGGUGAAAGCACUACUCAGCAGUCAACUGUGUUUGGAUCAGCAAAAAAUGUGAUGUUAUGCAGAUAUUCCUUGCUUGGCAACUUUUUCUUGACUAUCCUCCCUGACCUGAAACACAGAUGCACAUUACAUAAUUUAUUAUUUGAGUAUUGUAUGGUACUCUAUUUGACUGUGAUUCUGCUUACAAGAUACUGUAUGUAAAUACUGUAAGUUUACUAAAGUAUGGCAAGUUAAAAUUCCAUUAAAUUUACUGUAGGUCAAGGAAAGGUUAGAGGGAAAGGAAGUAUUUUAGAUCAUUUAAAGGCAAGGUCUGCUGUGAUGUAGCUGCAGUGACUGCUCAGGGUGUUAAAGUCACAUUAUUUGCACCUUCAUCUUAAUAAGUCAGUAUCAGAAUUAAAAGUUAAAGCUGUGAAUUUGACAAUUCACAGAUUUCCCUCAUUUUAAACAGGUUACACACUGUGACGCACUUUGACAGCGAUACUCUACCACACCCUCAUGUGUGUGGUAGCACUGGUGCUAAAGAAAAUGUAGGUAACAAAGAUGAAUCAUGAGUUUAUACAUUAAAAUAUGACUUGAUCCAAUUUUUCUCUGUGAUUUAUUUCUGAUCUGUUGAUUAUGCAGAAAAUGCUGACAAAACAAAUUCCCUGUCAUCAUGUAUUUUAAAUUAACUGCGAAAGAAUGCAUUUUACAAGUAUGGUAGCAGAAAUUUGAAUUUAAUUAAUGUUGUCUUACUUAGUUAGCUACAGUCUACACUGCCGGCCUUUAUAAUAGGUGUCAUUUUGAAUAUUGAGGAGCAAUUGUUUAAUUUGUGGCUACUUCACAUUAUCACUGAAAUAGUGGGGGUUUUAUUGGCCCAUUUUUUGGUCAGUUCAUCUUUUAUGACUACUUUAAAUAAUAAUUGUGACGGCCCUAGGGUUGUUUACUUUCUUUGUUUCAGGAAGUAGGGGGUGGAGCUGAGAUCACUCCCUGAUGCAGCUCACCUGAGCAGGCUGGGCUCAGGAGGCUAUAAAUCAGACCUGCAAGGCUUUCUCAGUCUCUUCCCCUGGCCUUCUGACUGAACUGUUGGUUUUUGUUUACAUUCAUACAUAUACACCUCAACCUUCACUCACACAGACAUUGCAGACAUACUGAUUUACUGAUAGACAGAUUAAACUGUAUUGAUUAUUUUGUAUUUACAUAAUUAAACUGUGUUAACCAUUCA